CACACACUUCUCUCUCUCUCUGGCUCUAGCUCGAGCUCAUUGCCCUCAUCUUUGCGCAGCUUUCAUAAAGCGGCAACCUCUCUGAUCAAUCGAGCUUCUAUUACUCCUCGAGGCAAAUUAGCGAAACAUAAAGAUUCGGCCCUUUAGCACGCAAUUACCUUCGCGACACCACGCCGCCCGUUCCACUCACAUCAUCCAUCACUAUGGCUGCCGUUCAUGGUCCUAUAAUACCUACCCACCCUUCCCCAUUUCGGAAUACUCAGAGUGUUCCUCAUUCAAGAAUGGGCUACCACCCUGCACCAUCGGCACCACCUAAACCUCAGUCUACCCAACCUACGACAAGACAUUCUGACCCAUUUUAUGGUCAUGAACAGGUUUCCCGUCUAUGUGCCCGUUUCAUAACGCAUCUUUUUGCCUGUCCAGAGUACCCCCCGUCGUCUUCCAAUUCACAAGUGAAGCUUCCUCACUUCAUUGCCUAUGCUCUUCACCGCACAAAACUUCAUUCAUCUGUCACCUUCGCCGCCCUCGUCCUUCUCCAGCGACUCAAAGCGCGCUUUCCCACUGCUCGGGGAUCUUCGGGUCACCGUCUGUUCGUAUCCGCAUUUAUGCUUGCGUCAAAGGUCAUUUGUGACGACACUUACUCCAACAAAUCCUGGAGUAUCGUGGCCCAGGGCAUGUUCCAAUUGCGUGAAAUCAAUCAGAUGGAGCGUGAGAUGUGUCAGUAUCUGGAGUGGGAACUCAAUGUCGAUCCGGUAACGCUUAGGGAGUUCGAGGACAUGGUCAAGAAAGAUUUUGCAGGUCAAGGACCUUAUCCGACUUACAUUCUUCCUUCCUCCUCCAAGACCACGCCUCCACCUACCACAAAUCCCUUCCCGCCUCCUCCAGCCGCUUUGGCUCCCACGCCAUCAUAUGGCCAUCGCUAUCCAUCACCACCAAAGCCCGCCUUCCCUCCGCCCAAUUCGUCCUAUAUUACUCCGCCCACAACGCCGGAUACGCCAUCACCCAGUUAUUCAACAUCGACGUCUCCGGCGUCAACGGCAUCACCGCCAACACCCCCGUGUAUGGAGGAUUGUACUGCUCGGAUCGUUUCGGCUUCAUCAUCUCCCGGUAUUCCAAAACACGAGCCUGUGCCGGUACCGCCGCCAUCGAAACACAAGAUGUUUGCUUUCGCAUCGCCGGCUGUCUGGUGAAGGCGGCUGAUUGAGUGCAUUGUGGUUUUUGUUGCAUUUCUUUUACCACCACUUUUACACUCAUUUUUGCCCGUCUUGAUGACGCCGUUUAACAUAUACAUUUUCAUCGCUGUCGGUCACCAUGGGUCGGUGGCGGUGUGUUAUUUACCAGGACUAUCUAUACCCUGCACCAUCAUUACUGGGCCCGAGGUUGUUCUGGGACCGUGCUUCAACUACUGCAUUAAAUCAUCAUAUGUUGUGUCAAUAGCGCAUUACAGUAUUUCAUUAGGCAUAUGUACAAGUAUAUUGAAGAAUCAAAAAUGCCAAUCACUCUGCAAUAUUGGAAUGAA